GCGGCGCAAAGCCUCUCCCUCCCUCGGCUGGGCUCUUCUCUCGGGCUGCUCUCUCACCUGAGGCCGGCCAUGGCCCUGGGAAAGGAGCAGGAGGACGCCACCGCGGCAGGUGAAAGCGGCGAAGGCUCGUCCCUUGUGGGCUUCUGGCCGGCCUGGGUGGUGGCCUUGGUGGCGGCCCUCUUGGCCUGGCUCUGGUACGGCCGAGGCGCCGAGAAGAAGAAACAGAAGCAGGAGAAGGAGAAAGAGGAGGAAAAGAAGGAAGCCAACGCGUCUCCUCUCCACGGAAAGGCGGCAAAACAAGAACCAGACCAGAGAAACUAUGAAACAAAGCAAACAGGCGUUUCCAGUUCACAAGUCCCAGUGGAAAACCAGCUGUCUUCUUCGGAUCAUUGUGCCCCUAACAACUCUCCAGAAACAGAGCCAUUGGUUAAGGAGUCCACAAUCCCCUUAAUGAACUACAAGGAAUUUUUGAGAGCUGCAACACCACCCGAACCGGCGCUAAACCAAGAGUCUGAAAAGCAUGGUGGAGGCCCUUCUAGUGAAAAAUGCGAGGAGAGGUGCAAGGAGCAGCUGCAGCACUCCGUUGAUCACGAGGAAUGGGAAAUGGUCCCUGAGCACUCGGGAUGUGGCAGUGCUACAAGGAAGAGCAGUGUGGACGACGCUAGCAGCAAAGACACAGAUCCCAGCAAGAGGGUUGCCGCAGUGUCUCCAAUGCCGCAGACUGUCCACGUGACGUUCCGCGUCCAUUACGUCACUCACUCGGAAACCCAGUUGCUUGCCGUCACAGGUGACCACGAAUGUCUAGGCCAGUGGCAACAUUAUGUCCCCCUCAGGUGUGACAAGGAUUGGUUCUGGUCAGACUCUGUUGUCUUACCUGUUGAUACCCGAAUUGAGUGGAAGUUCAUAGUAGUGGAGAAUGGGAAAGUGAGACGGUGGGAAGAAUGUGACAAUCGAACCCUUACGACUGAACAUGUGGAUCGAGUGGCCCAUCAGUGGUGGGGAUAUCAUUGAAUGAGAGAGCUUGGGCCAAACACAGGGAUUCUGGUUCUAUUCCAUUUCUUCAUAGGAGUUCACACACAUGCCCUUUUGCUUAUUUUAGCACCUCUCUGCUGUAUGUUUUGCCAGCACUGCCUUAGAUUUAAGCCUCUCUCCUCCUAGUGCAGGCUUUAAGAUAUGAGGAUACUCUUCAAAAUAAAUCAGACCAAAGCCUUCCUAGUGGAAGAGAAAUCCUUAGGGCUUUCUAGUGGGUAGUCUUUUAACACAUUUUCCUCACUGAAAGCUUUAAACCUUAAGCUUUUGAUUGUAUUGUGGGAAAAGACAGAAGCUCAGGGACAGCGGACUGCAGAACGGGUGAAGUGUAAUUAAAUUACACAAUAACUAUCUGUUAUAAUGUUCUUAACUUAUUGUGAUUCCACAAGAAAGCAAUAAAAAUGAUUUUUAGACUGGU